AUGCAACGGACAGGAAACAUACCGAACCCUUCCACAAUAGUGGCCCUCCUACCUAUCGUCGGCCAAGCAAAGGCCCUGAUACAAGGAAAAACUAUCCAUGCAUUCUGUAUCAGAAGACGCAUCGACAAAGACGAUGUUCUGGUUAAUACUGCAUUGCUGGACAUGUAUGGAAAAUCCGAGUGCUUGGUUCGUGCUCGUAGAAUAUUCGACAGCAUGAGCUUCAGGAACGAGGUGACAUGGAGUGCGAUGAUCGGAGGCUACACUCUGUGUGGCAGGAUGGCCGAGGCACUGCAACUUUUCAGGAUGAUGCUGCGCGAGGGAUCGCUCUUCGCGGGGCCAACCUCUCUCGCGAUCAUUCUGCGGGCUUGCGCAAACUUCUCUGAUUUCGAGAGCGGUCGACUAAUACAUAAUUACUUGGUGAAGUCUGGUCUUCUUCUACACGUAACAGCAGCAAACUCUCUGCUUUCAAUGUACGCUAAAGUCGGAACUGUCGAAGAUGCAAUUCGUUUCUUCGAUGAGAUGAGCGUAAAGGACACGGUGUCUUACAGUGCUAUAAUAUCGGGGUGCGUCAAAAAUGGGAACGCUGAAGAAGCUCUUGAUGUUUUCAGAGACAUGGCGUCGUCGUCUUCUUCCUGCAUCGACAUUGACGCUGCGACCAUGAUCGGUGUGAUUCCUGCUUGCUCUCACUUGGCUGCCCUGCAGCACGGGAAAUGCAGUCAUGCUUACAUAAUCUCUCACGAGCUCACCUCAGAUUCCUCCGUUUGCAAUGCUCUGAUAGACAUGUACGCGAAGUGCGGGCAGAAGAACAUCACCAAGUAUUUGAAGAAGUAA